AUCGUCUUCCCAUCCACGAAUCGAAACGCCGUCUUGCUUUGUCCAAAACAAGGCCACGCCACGCGAUCCACCAGCCAGCCAACUGCCACACGGCUACACCGUCUUCCCCAUCUGCGUCGGCGUCGCCCCCAAGGACUCAGGCGAGAGAUGGAAUCGCCGUUCCGGCCGGACGUGCUGAGGGACAAGGCGGCGCUGGUCACGGGCGGGGGCUCCGGCAUCGGAUUCGAGAUCGCCACCCAGCUCGCGCGCCACGGCGCGCAGGUCGCCCUCAUGGGCCGCCGCCGCGAGGUCCUCGACAAGGCCGUCGCCGCGCUCCGGUCCGAGGGCCUCAGGGCUGUUGGUUUCGAUGGAGAUGUCCGCAAGCAAGAGGAUGCUGCCAGGGUGCUUGCAGCAACCGUUGAGCAUUUCAGCAAGCUGGACAUCCUCGUCAACGGUGCAGCCGGCAACUUCCUUGCUUCCCCGGAGGAUUUGAAGCCCAAGGGAUUCCGAACCGUUCUUGACAUUGAUACUGUGGGUACAUACACAAUGUGUUAUGAAGCCAUGAAGUAUCUCAAAAAGGGCGGACCAGGGAGAGGGCCAUCCUCUGGUGGUCUCAUCAUUAACAUAAGUGCCACCCUGCACUACACUGCUGCCUGGUACCAAAUUCAUGUCUCUGCUGCUAAGGCAGGUGUGGAUAGUAUCACCAGAUCAUUAGCUCUGGAAUGGGGAGCAGAUUAUGACAUUAGAGUCAACGGAAUUGCACCAGGACCGAUUCAAGACACUCCAGGAAUGAGGAAGCUUGCACCUGAGGAAAUGAGCAAGGGGCGUCGAGAAAUGACACCAUUAUUUAAGCUUGGAGAGAAAUGGGACAUAGCAAUGGCCGCACUCUAUCUGGCUUCUGAUGCAGGAAAAUAUGUCAAUGGGGCUACAAUUAUUGUUGAUGGAGGCCUUUGGUUAAGUCGUCCUCGCCAUAUUCCCAAGGAGGAAGUGAAGGCGCUCUCUAAGGUUGUCGAGAAGAAGGAGCUAGCGGCCGGCAGCGGCAUUCGGGGGAAGACCAACCGAGCGGGAGGGAAAGACCAACCGGGCAACUCUUAUGAUAAUAACAUGAUUGAUCUUUGGAGAUUUCCCGGCGACGGCACGAUGCGCUGGCAGCCUUUCUCCCGGCACGACGGCUUCUUCGCCUCCCUCCAGCGGGUGGAAGACAGGCUGGGCUCGGAGCAGCAUCAGGAGCAGAGGCAGAACCCAGCGCCGCCGCCGGCGGCGAAGGCACCGGCAAUAGCAUGCCAACCCGAACCGGCGUCAUUCUCGGACGCCAUGACGACCGCGUCCCCGCUCCUCCUCCUCGACCCAGCGCGGCCGCGAGCCGCGACAGCAGCUGCCCGGCGGCCGGCGCUUGACUUCCUCACCAUCCUCACCAACAGGACCAGCGCGUCCAGCAGGAAGACGACGGCGGCGGCGGCGGAGGUGUCGAGAAGAACAUCGCGCGGAUCAUGGAGCUGCUGGGCCUGUCGCCGCCGCCACCGGACGGCGAUGGCAGCACGGGCGGGUGCGACUGCAGCGGCGCGGACGGGUCCCUGGCCGGCCAAGGUCGUCGGCGUGGCCGGCCCCAAGUUCGACGGGAGGAGCGGCGGCGGGUGCCGGGUCAGCCGGUCACGAAGCCCGCGAGGCUGGCGCACCUACUGCUCGCCAGGGCGCCUCCAGCGACGCGGCGGCCGUCGCAUCCCCGGCCACCGUGGAGGACUUCCUCGACCGCGAUCCAAAACAGGGGAAUAUGUGUAAAAUAUCGAUCCGAGUUUUUGCAAUAUACCCCCUGAUUCGGAUCGCGAUGGGUAUAUAUAUAAAAUGCCGAUCCGUAUUUUUACGUUAUACCCUCUAAUUUGGAGCGCAAUUAAUAAUCGCGAUCCAAAAUAGGGUUAUAUAUGUAAGUGACAAUUCGAUUUUUGCAAUAUACCUUCUAAUUUGGAUCGCGAUUAAUAAUCGCGAUAAAAAA